GCUUGAACACGCAGCCACGCGAUAACUGUCUAAAAGUAGUGAAUCAUUGUUGCAAUGUUGUUAGUAAGUUUGUGCGCCUUUUUUUUAAUCUUGAUAAAAUAAAAAAGAAAAAAUUGUUAUUACUAUAAUUAAUAAAGAAGAUUAAUUCUAAGAAAAAAUGGUCAACGCUAUGAAAUUAUCUCUUGGUUCACGAUGUGUCAAAUAUCUGAUGUUUAUCUUCAAUCUAUUCUUCGUUAUCACCGGUAUAAUUUUAUUAUCCAUUGGAAUUGUGAUUCAUGGAAUUUAUCAUAAUUAUCAACAUUUCUUGGAUAAUAAAUUUUUAUCAGUUCCUUCUUUAUUGAUUGCAAUCGGUGCAAUUAUUUUUUUUAUUGCCUUUUUCGGAUGUUGCGGUGCUGUACGCGAGAAUUAUUGCAUGAUAAUUACGUUUGCAUCGUUAUUGGUCAUCGUUUUUAUUUUGGAACUCUCGGGUGGUAUAUCAGGAUAUGUUUUGAGAGCUAGAACAUCGUCGAUUAUUCAAAAUAAAAUGAAAGAUACAAUGAAGAUAUAUACUGAUAAUAAAGAAAUAGCAUAUGUUUGGGAUAAACUUCAACAAGAUUUCAAUUGUUGUGGAACAAAAAACGCAAGCGAUUGGAUGAAUAUUCUAUCUGCACUUCCGCUUUCAUGUUGUAACAUUGAAAUGGGGGCUAUAGGAUCGGUAAAUUGUACUCUUGGAUCUCCGAAAUUGCAUUCUCAAGGUUGUUAUUCUGAGUUUCUUUCUUUCAUUAACUCUCAUGCUCUGCAACUUGGUGGUGUUGCCAUUGGAAUUGCUUUCGUUCAGGCAAUAGGAAUCUGGUUUUCAGUUUUCUUAGCGCGAUCGAUUAGAAAUAGUUAUGAGACUGUAUAACAUUUUUCAAAGGUUUGAAAAUAUAUUACAUAUGAUAUUUUAAAUUGAAAGUUAAUUGUAAACAAAAAUGUUAUUAUAAUUACGAUUUCAUUUUAAAAAAAUUUUUAUUAUAAUGGUAAAUAUAUUUUAUUUUCAAAACUAUCAAAUCAAGAAAUAAUUAAAUAAAAUUAAUAAAUAUUAUAUUACAAUGUA